UACUGAUGUUUAGUUUAAACUUGAGGUUCUCAAGUCUCUACAGUGCACUGGCAGCCUCGAAUCUCUAUUCUUAUAAUUUCCCGAUGGAAGGACAUUAAAAACAGGCUGAAUAGAAAAGAAGAUGGUUGAGAAUAAGCAUGAAUUACAAGCUCUAAAAAUGGAAGAUAUGGAAGAUGGUUCGGAACCAAGGAAACUGAAGAAGAAAGCAAGAAGAAAUUAUCUUGUUAAGAUGGUCACAAGAUUAUGUAGAAGGAAAAAUACAGAGGAGGUUCAGAGCAAGGAAACCGUUCUAGAACUUUUACAGCCACCCAGGUACAAACCAAAUGAUCUUGGGCAGAUAAGUUUGGAGACAAAAUUCACGAAGAACGAAGUAAAAUUCUUGUACAGAGCAUUCAAAACAGUUUGUCCAAACGGAAUAAUUGAUGAAGAAACAUUUAAAGAAGUUUAUGAGAAAAUAUUCCCAAUGGGAGAUGCUUCCAAAUACGCCCAGAUUGUAUUCCGAGCCAUUGAUAGGAAUAGAACUGGAGGAAUAACAUUUGGAGAUUUUAUGCAAUUCCUCUCCGUGAUUACGAAGGGAACUGAUUAUGAGAAAAUACUCUGGAGUUUUCAAUUCUUUGAUAUAAAUCAGGAUGGCAAGAUUACAAGGGAUGAGAUGAUUAAGGUCUCCGAGUCUGUUUAUGAGCUCAUGGGAGCUGAUAUAGGAGAAAAGGGUAAGAGACAGUACGUUGACAAUGUUUUCACAACAAUGGAUCUGGAUAAAAACGGCGAGGUGUCGAUAAAGGAGUUUGUAUCGUACUGCAGUAGGUCUGACCAUGUUGUAAACUCUAUACUAGUUCUAGUGUAAGCAUAAACAAAGUUUGUACCGUACUGCAGUAGGUCUGACCAUGGGAAUUAAACCAGGAACCCCCAUAUCUUUGUUUACAUAAAAAGGUGCUGUUAUAUCUGGGAGGAAUGUAAACAAAUACAGGCUGAGUAGUUCACAUUUUUAGUAAAAAAAGGAGAUUUCUGAUAUAUUUUCCUCUAUAUCUGACCAUAUAUUAAACCUCAAUUCCUGUAACAAUCUUUUAUGGUCAUUUUACUCCUUUCUAGAAAGCAUAUAAAAAUU